AUGAAACCGCACACUGUUACCCCGGAAGAGCGUGAAAAGAAUGAAAAUGCUAAGUUUCUUUACUUUGAUUUCGAGACCUACAUCCAAGAUGAUGGCCAGUUGGUUCCGAAUUUAGCCGUCGUGCAAGAUGAUACAGGAACUCAGUGGACUUUUCCUUCUACUGACGAACCAUUAGAAAAAUGCAUAACGGACCCACUGUGCGAAUUUUUGAUUAGCGAACAUCACAAAGGGCAUUACAUCAUCGCGCACAAUUUUAAAGCGUUUGAUGGAUAUUUUAUACUACAGUGGCUUUUAAAAAAUGGUGUGACCCCUAAAGUUAUCAUGAACGGUGGAAAGAUUUUGCAACUGCAUGUCCCGGGUUACGAUAUUCACUUUCGUGACAGCAUAAAUUACAACCCACAAAGCCUUGCCAAAUGGCCCGCGACAUUCGGAUUACCGGACAUCAGCAAAGGAACUUUCCCUCAUAAAUUUAAUCGUCGCGAAAAUUGGGACCGUGUUGCGCCGUAUCCCAGCAUGGAUGAAUAUGGGUUCCGAACAAUGGACAAGAAAGCGCAAGCCUCUUUCAAAGAAUGGUACGAUGCCGAUGUCAAAGCCAAAAGCGGUCUUUUUGAUUUUCGUAAGGAAUUUGUCGCCUACUGCGAAAAUGACGUCACUGUCUUACGGACCUGUUGCCAACAGUUUCGCAAACUGUUCAUGGAAAUCAGCAACGGACUUUGUCCUUUCACCUCUGCUCUAACAAUCGCUGGACUGUGCAACUUGUACUGGCGCUCCUUCAUUCUGAAAGCAAAUCAGAUCGGUCUGGUUCCGCAACAACGGUUUGCCCGCAAUCGCUUGCAAUCGGUCAAGGCUAUGAAAUGGAUUUCAUGGAUGGAAAACGAAGAAAAUUGCGUUAUUCAAUCUGUGGUCUCCGGCACCGAACAGAAAAUCGGUCCUUAUUACGUGGAUGGAUACCAGGAGGACACUGGUCACAUUUACGAGUUUUAUGGAUGUUGGUACCAUGGCUGCCCUACAUGUAUGGACCCGGAGACAGUGCAUCCGUUUCGAAACCUACCGAUGCGUGACAUCUACAAAGAGACGAUGGACCGUGAACAGUACUUACGCUCAUUGGGUCACCCAGUAACCACUGUUUGGGAACAUGACUUUGACGCAGACCUUCGCAUUGAUUCCGAAAUGCGCAAGUUCAUUAACGAUAUAAAGAUUACCGAACCGUUAAACCCUCGGAACGCUUUCUAUGGUGGCCGGACAAAUGCCGUGCGACUGUUGCAUACGGUGGCUGCCGAUGAAAAGAUCAAGUAUUUCGAUGUCAACAGCGAAUACCCGUUCGUCAACAAAAACCGCCGGUAUCCGUUAGGGCAUCCUAUUAUUUUAACCAAGAGCUUCCAAAACGUUCGGGAAUAUUUUGGUUUAGUCCACUGCACAGUGCUACCACCGGCAGAUUUGUGGCUACCUAUUUUACCUUACCGUUGCAACGGCAAGCUGACUUUCCCGUUAUGUGCAACAUGUGUCAAAGAACAGAACAGCAAGAAAUGUGACCACACGGAUUCGGAAAGGAACUGA